GGUGCUUCUAUGGACGCCAUUUUGGCCGAACUUGCUGGGGUUCACACUCCUGAGGCUCCUCCUCCCUUUACUUCUUCCCCGAUGGCCCCCGCUUUAAAGAUUUCUUCCAGUGCUCCUCCAGACACUAUUGAUUUAGUGGAUGACGAGGAGGUCUUUGCUUAGGGAGAAGGUCAAGAAAAGCAAUGGGGCUUUUCUGAGGAAGUUGAAGAAGGUGCAGGAGGACUCCAGGCUCUUCCUGAGGAAGUUGAAGAGGGUGAAGAAGAGCAAGAAAUUGCUCUGAUUCGCAAGCGUAAAGGCAAAAUGAUUGCCCAGGAGGAGCCCAAGCCGCCUCAGAGGGCUGAUACUCCGGCCCACGGUCUUGAUGGUGGGGGCUCUCCCAUGGAAGAACAUACUGCCCCUCCCAACAUUGUGCUGACUCCGGUUCCUGGAGACGAGGCGAGACAGGAGCUCCGGAUAGCUAAACACAACUACGCCAUGGAUGAAUACUCCCGGGGGUAUGCUGAGGUGGAAGCCCUUAGGAGGGUUCUGCGGGUUGAGGUGCAAAACACCAUCAAUAACCCGGAGUACCAGAAUCCGUGGGACCUAAAUUUGGACCCCCUAUCGGACUGGUUCGGUUGCUUCCUUGGGCCCACCUUAGCUCCCUUUGCUGCGGAGAUGACUGGCGAGUUUGCGUCUCAGCUUACCCGGUGUGCGCCUAAGCGGUUCGCUGCUUGUGCAUCCUUGAACUCCAUCUUCCAAGUCCAGGAUCUCAGCCACUCCCUCACUGUGCUUGCUGCCGAAGCUGGCCGUCUCUCCAAGAACAUAAUCAACCAUGGCUUCAACCUGUCUGAUUUUGGGGACAUGAACGAAAUCAGGAAGGUUCUUCAGGAUCUUACUACUGAGAGGCAGCUUUACCAAGAGGCUGCUGAGCGCCGGGAGGCCGCUGCCAAAGCCAAUGAGGAAGAGGCUAAGCGGAGGGAAGCCCAGGCGGAGGCGAUGAUCCGGGAGGAGGCCCUGCGGAGAGACAGGCUGGAGGCCAAGCACCAAGAGGAGCUGAGGGCGGAAGGUGAGGCCACUGCAAAGGCCAGGCGGGAGCUUCGGGAGGCCAGGGAAGCCUUGGACGAGAUGGUUGCCAAGGUGAGAUCCUUAGAGGAAACUCACCGGGCAAACUUAGAAUCCAGGGCCACUCUGGCCGCGGAGCCGAUGGAGCUCGGUGGACUUCAAGGAACAAGCCUCAAAGAAGGCAAAAAGGGCUGAGCUUCUUUCUCCCGUUUCCUGCGGCCGGUGCCCUAAGCGCUUCGACGAUGGCAUCUUCAUGGCUUGGUCUACCAAUGCCCAAAAUAUUAAGCUUACCUUCUACCCCAAACCUGAGGAGAUGAUUGCCAAAUUUCGGGAGAAGAAGAAAAAGCUUGAUGCCAUGGUGGAGGCACGCAUCGGACCUCGUCUCCCUCCGCGCAUUGAUUAGGCCGCUCGAGAUUAACCCAGUACAACCAGGAUUUCACCCACUUCUCUUUUUUUUUUUAUAUAUAUAUUUGUUUAUAUACAGCUAUUUUGAGACAAUACAUUUAUAUAGCUGUUUUUAUUUAGAGGGGAGACAAUUUCUAAGGCCUGUCCCCGGGCCAUUUGUAUAUAUUUUGACCUGCCCUUUAGGGCUAGGAUAUUUAUACGUGAUCUUUUUUGAUGCA